AUGUCUCGGCCCGCCGUCUCGGAGAAGGAGACUGUCAGCGCUCGCCAGAGAACAAACUCCUCUCUGCCAGAAACCUCGGGGUCGCUUUCAAAGCUCGAGGCACCCACAGUCCUGGUCUCGGAAUUAUCACCAGCAGCUGCAACAACUGAAGCAGCAUCAAGCCCUGAAAACCCUGAGGAGCCACAGACAGACAGUAGCUGGGCCGCUUGGCGUGUGCUUUGCGGUACGAUUCUGGUCCAGGGCGUUCUUUUCGCCUUCCCACUCACCUUUGGAGUCUUCCAAGACUAUUUCGGACGACAUGCCGGAUUCGAGCACACUAAGAUGUCGGUCUGGAUCGGCGUGCUGUCAACGGGUGUGCCAUUCAUGGGCGCGCCGUUUCUAACGAUACUUUGCGAGACCUAUCCAAGGUUCAAAUGCAGAUACUAUGUCAUUCUCGGCUGGUCUCUGUGCGUCUGUAGUCUGGUCAGCGCCGCCUUCACCAAGUCCCUGGUCGCUCUAGCCUGGACUCAAGGAGCGUUCUAUGGUGCUGGCUUGUUGAUCCUGGAUGUUCCUGCGCUUCUCAUACUCAACACCUGGUUCGUCAGACGUCGUGGCCUGGCAUAUGGACUGCUUUUCGGCGCCACUGACUUGAUUGGCUUUGGGGCAACUAUUCUGGCCGAAUGGCUUCUAGCCAAGCACACUCUCCGUGGCGCUCUGCUCACGUUUGCGACUAGUAUCUUUGUCAUCUGUGGGCCAGCCAUCUGGCUGCUCAAGUCACGAUUACCGAUGGACGCUCCUGCCUCCAAUGCAGCAGUCAACCACGAGAACGAAAAGGGCAAACCUCUCUCUGCGCAGGACAGCGCUGUGGAUGCGCUGUCCCACCAAAUCGAAGAACAGCUUUCAACCUCCUCGUCGCCCGUUCGAUACUACCGCCGACCGAUAUUCUACAUCUUCACCCUGGCCAACCUUCUCCACUCAUUGGCCUACUACCUCCCAUUCAUCUAUCUCCCGGCAUACACGACAAGUCUGGGGUAUGCUCCAACUCGUGGCGCAUUUCUUCUUGCCGCCGCAAACUUUGCCCAAAUUUUCGGCGAAGUGGGCUUCGGCAAGCUUUCCGACUAUGUCAACGUUCAUUGCCUCAUUCUGGUUUGCUCUCUUGGCUCCUCUGUUGCGGUACUAGGACUGUGGGGCUUCGCUCAGUCCCUCGUCCGCUUAUCCUGGUUUGCCUUGAUCUACGGCACCUUCGGCAGCGGCCUGAUCUCCCUAUGGGCUCGUAUGGGCACGUUCUUCGGUCAGGAUGACGCACAGAUGAUAUUCAGCGUUCUGUCUUUCGGUCGCGGGCUCGGAGUUGUCCUCUCUGGAGCCAUCAGUCCCGCUCUGCUUACCGCUGCCGCUUCCCGUACGCGUGCACAGGGCGCUUACGUGACGUACGGCAAUGGUCAGUAUCUUGGGAUUGUUGUCUUUGUAGGCACUACAAUGGCUGUCAGCGCUCUCAUAGGCGCUGUGGGUUUAAUUUGGGGAUGGCGACGAGGAGAGCUUGGUUCUCCACGAGAGAAGAAGGACAAGAAGGAGGAGUCACAAAGCGCAGUGCUUUGA